AGAAAUUUUAGAGAUCGGUAUCGUUUUCAAUCUUCAUGAAUAAAUUUGUAUUUCCAAGAGAUGAAAAUUGCGAAAAUAGCACCGACUGUCGAAAACUAACAGUUGAAAAUUGGCUAAGGCCUCCGAGGGGGUGUCGAAAACUAGCGGAAAAUUGGCAAAAGGAUGAUUACAUUUUACAGGCAGGAUGCAAUUUAAUUUUAUGAAUUUGUAGUUGGAAGAACAAUUAACUGGUUCGAUUAUCUGAAGUAUAUUCUACUUGUAAUUCAGCAUUCAAUUUUCAUCAUAAAUUGGUGGUUUUCAAGAGCGACAAGAGUGAAUUAUUCAAUUUGAACUUAUUGAAUGUGCAACUUACAGACAUCAGGCUGUUGGAAGCUUUUCACAUUCUAUAUUUAUGGACUUCAUGAGGAAGCAUUUUUGUUUAUAAGCCUGUACAUAAAUUGUUUUAUAAGAUAAGAUAUAUAUAUAUGUAUUGUAUAUUUGUACAUUUGCCAAAGAACAUCAACAUUUUGUAGCAACCUAAGUCAAGCUCCAAAACAGUAAAAACCUCAGGGAGUUUUGUGUAGAGCUGUGUGCAUCUGGUGACGUAAAUAUGGCAAGCACCCAGAUGGAUGACCUAGCACAGAGAAAACCACAAACCAACCACACCAAGGCUGCACAGGGGAAACCUUCCCAGUUAAAGCCCAAUAACAGUAUGCCGGCUGCUGAGAGCAUAAAGCAGGGAAAUUCGGAAGGAGAUUGGAAAAAGAAGUUAGUACUUCCACCUAAAGACACACGAUUUAAGACAUCGGAUGUGACAAAAACAAAAGGCAAUGAAUUUGAAGACUACUGUUUGAAACGCGAUUUAUUGAUGGGCAUAUUUGAGAUGGGUUGGGAAAAACCAUCGCCUAUCCAAGAAGCUAGCAUACCUGUUGCCUUGUCAGGACGCGACAUAAUUGCCAGAGCAAAGAAUGGCACAGGAAAAACAGGCGCAUACUGUAUCCCAAUAAUUGAGAUGGCAGAUGCAUCAAAGAAUGAGAUUCAAGCUAUGGUAUUGGUGCCUACACGAGAACUGGCACUUCAGACCAGUCAAAUUUGUAAAAUGCUUUCAAAACACAUGGGACAUAAAGUAAUGGUUACUACUGGCGGAACAAACCUUCGACACGAUAUCAUGAGACUAGAAGAACCUGUUCAAAUGGUGAUAGCAACGCCAGGACGUAUUUUAGAUUUAAUGCGCAAGAACAUUGCUAAGAUGGACAAGUGCGGUGUUCUGGUGUUAGAUGAGGCAGACAAACUUCUUUCUCAAGACUUCCACAAUAUGCUCGAUGACAUUAUCAGCUUCCUUCCCAAGGACAGACAAGUCAUGUUGUAUUCAGCAACUUUUCCACUGACAGUCAAGCACUUUAUGGAGAAUUAUUUGACGAAACCUUAUGAGAUCAACCUAAUGGAAGAACUGACGUUGAAGGGCAUUACACAGUAUUACGCAUUUGUGGAAGAGCGCCAAAAAGUCCACUGCUUGAACACCCUGUUUUCAAGAUUACAAAUUAACCAGUCCAUAAUAUUCUGCAACUCCACCAAGCGUGUGGAGCUUCUUGCCAAAAAGAUUACAGAGUUGGGAUACUCAUGUUUCUACAUACAUGCUAAAAUGCGACAAGAGGACAGAAAUAGAGUCUUUCAUGAUUUCCGUAAAGGAGCCUGCAGAAAUCUGGUUUGUACCGACUUGUUUACACGUGGUAUAGACAUCCAGUCUGUGAAUGUAGUUAUCAAUUUUGACUUCCCCAAGAUGUCCGAAACUUACUUGCAUCGUAUUGGCCGCUCUGGUCGAUUUGGUCACCUGGGUCUAGCCAUCAACCUCAUCACAUAUGAUGACCGUUACAAUCUGUACCAAAUUGAGAAAGAGCUUGGAACAGAGAUCAAGCCUAUUCCACAUGAGGUUGAUAAGAGUCUGUAUGUCGCAGAGUACCAGAUGGAGAAAGACCCUGAAGAAGACUGCAAUACAACCAACGCGACGACCAAGUAAACAGUUGAGUAACACAUCCUGCUAGAAGAGUUUCACUGUCUUCAUUUACUACUUGUUUACCGUGCAAUGAUGCCUUUGAGUGGUACCGUAGUUUGGGCAGAGUUGCUACAGUUACGUACAUUCCAAAUUGGGUAGGAUUUGGGUACAGGGUGGGAAAGUAUAAGGGGUGGGCAUUCAAUGAGAAUGAGAACUGUUUAAUUCCUACUGGCAUCAAUGAUGACAAAAGGAAUAACUUUAUUUGUCCAUGUAUAUUCCUCCUGUUGGAGGAAAAUACAAAUUGAAUAAGUACUAUGGUUUGAAAUUGUUAAAAAGUUAACUGUAAAUUUUAAUUUUAAGUUGUUAAUUUCAUUUAUAGUGAAUCUUUACUUUGAAGCAAAACUGUUUGUUUUUUCCCCGAGAGAGCAUUGUACUUAGAGUGUUGGUUCAUGUUUUUUUUUUCUUUUUCAUGGACAUGUAUUUUAUUGGAAUGAAAUUCAUGUGUCCUUUAAUUAAUAAUUAUUUUAGCUGCUGAUUUAAUCAGAAAAAAAAAACAGAUGUGCAUUGUGUAUGUAAGAAGUAUGAUUGGACAAAGGCCAAUGUUUAUAAGAUUCUUUUGUUGUCUAGCCUAUUGCUGUAACUAACACGGUGCGUUUCUUCUCUAUACUUCUGUUUUACCAUAAAAUCAUAAUAUGCAAUUCAGGAAAGGUAUGUGUGUAUGAUGAUGUAUGAGAGAAAUUUAAGUUUACAUAGUUUUAUUUUGUGAUGGAGUGAACCAGGAUGUUUGAUGCUGCAGUUACAUCUUCCAGCCACAGAUGACCAGCUGCCUAGAUGGCUGUAUUUUUUAUAAGAAAAGGUGAGCAAUUGGUGACAAAAAUCAUAACAAAAAAAAGCAGGUGAAAUUGUUAUCUGUGGUUGGAGGUUAACCACUCAUUGAAAAGCUGGAAUUGCAGGUUAUAAAAUAACACAUUACGCUAAAAAUACGAAAAAUUGUAUCAUCGUAUGAAAAUAAACAUUUGCAAGUUACAUAUACAAUUUUCCUAAGAAAAGAACUUGCAGACACUGAAAAAAGACAGUUGUGAAUAAUAAAGCCAGUAUUUGGUGUUCCCUGAGCAGAGGUUUGUUGAGAAUGCCUGAGAGUGUACCUCAAACUUUCAACUUUAUGAUGCAUACUAAACAUUAAUGUGUUUUUCCAGCUGUCAUUUAAACCUCAAGAAGCCAUAAAACCUUGAGAUACACCACCAAGUUCUUUACAGUCUACAAGAAAUUUGAGUUUUUGAAAAUAUAUGAGCAUGCUUUGGGGUUUCGACAUGUUCUACUGGAAUGCUCCACCUCAAGGUACAAACUCGUAAAAGAGUGCCUUACAAAGUUUUACAGAAGAGGUUAUGUUUAUAUUGUUGCGCUAAGACCUCUAUUGAGUGCAAAACAAAUGUGCGACAAGAUCGGCGGUUUUAUCAAAAAAGUAUUACAUUGCUGUUAAUAAGACUGUUUGCCAAUCUUAACCGGAAGAUAUGGACUUCCAACAAGUAAAAGAAAAAUAUUGUUUUCCAGAAAUGAAUGAGAGAUGUCAAAUUCAAAAAUAGAUUUGCUUUUGAAUGGGAAUAUACAAGAAGUCGUGAGCAUGUUGUUUGCAUUUGAUUGGAUCAUAAAAGGAGAAUAAUAAGCCGGUGUUGCAUUAGAGUGGGUCGUACAAGAGGGCAUGUGUUGCUUUGUUUAAUGCUUUCAGUACUGCUGGACAGAAAUUUUAAAAAGCAGGAUAUCCAAAAAUGUUAUUUUGAAAUUCUACAUUAUUGAAACAAAAGUGAUAAAGACAGGAGAUGUUCUACACCAACUGCUUCCCCUACUGCAAAACACUGGUCAAUUCUGUUUCAUCAAAAUAAAUGUAGUGCUAUUUUAGUAAAUGUUUACAGACAGUAAAUACAGUAAUAGCAUUUUGAAGCUGAAGACAAGAAGAAAUAACAGUUGUGUUUCUAAGUUCUAAUAUAUGUAUCCACUGAUUUUGGAUGCCAGGUUCGCUAUAAGAGUACAAAUACUGAAAAAUACUAUAAACAUACUUCCUUUGUCAUGGAGAUUUGAUGUGAUCUAAUGCGCAGAGCGUAGAUCUGAACGUGUUGUUAAUGCUAAGAGACAUUUUGCUCUAAUUCAUCUGAGAAUUUUAUUAUUCAAAGUGAAAGCCACCUGGAAUUUCCAGUUCCAUCUUUUCAUUGAGAUCUUACAGAUUUCUUUAUUUUUACUUGUUUUCUAAAUGUAAAAUUAUUAUUCAUUUCUUGAGAGGAUCUGCAGUAUGUGAGAAAUAUGAUAGAGAGGUGGUGUAUGUGUACAGUAUGUGUGUGUUUAGCUGUUUAUUUGUAUUGUGUAUAGAAGUGUUAUGUGUGGUGUGUGUCCCAUCUAUUCUGAAUGCAAUAAGUGUGCAAGGGGCGAUGAGUGUUACUGAUGUAAGAUCUUCUUUGAUGGUGCUUUUUGUCAGUUUUGGAUAAUAGAUUAAAACUGUUACAAAAUUGGUAUUCUAGGAUAACCGAAGUAAUUAAUUGCCAUAAUUGUUUUAAUUAUUUUAAUUUGAUUAUUCAUAUGGCAUUUAAAAAAGGUAUUGGGUAAUAUUUUUUUUUUAUUGCAUUGUUUUUUUUUACGGUAUAAUAAAUUACUUUAUUUGCGUUUGUGGUGAUUGCUUUUAAUUGCUGAAAUGUUUCAUAUCAAAAAUAAGGUUUUUUGGUAAUUGCCUUAAUUAUCACAGUACAGUUAACAGGUUGAAUUCAAUAGACCAUAUCUGUACAGUUAUUUUAGUACGUACAUUAAUUAUUUUUAUAAGUUGAAACAUUAAUACAGCUCUUCAUAUUUGGAAUAGACAACUUCCAGCUGUUUUUGCCAUUAACAUCUUUACAACAAUUUUGCAGAAAUUAUAUUUGCAUAUAUAGGGCAAUUCAUAAAAUAUGGUAGAAUUUAAGAGCUGAAACUUGAUAUGGUAAACAUUUUAAAUUACAGCUUCCAUCACAAAUGUAUUUUUAUUUUUGAUUUUAUUCUUUAUACUGUACUUUUAAGGGUGUCUGCAACACAACAGAAUGCCAUAUCCAGUUGAUAAAAAAUAAUUUGAAUAGGUAUCGCAUAAAUUGUAACAUCCCGUGGAUACAGCGCUGUCUAUAGUGCAUCCUUCUUGUUGUGUUGUACAUGCAUCAAUACUGUAAUUGUGUUUGAAUAACCCAAGGCUCAUGGGGUUAUUCUAUAGUAUAGCAACAUCAUACAUAACACAAACCAAAAACCAGACAGGAAAAACUACAAAAUUAAUUCUAUCAUGCAGUGUUAUAUUGCUUAUGUUAUAUAUUACUUAUGUUAUAUAUUACUAUAUAAAAGAUACCACCGAUAUUGUUUCCUGUUUUGGGGAUUUUAAUACCAUGAGCUAAUAGCCACUUAUAUUAAUAUAGAGUGCAUUUAAUGUUUUGGAAGAGCAUGCAUUUCUGAUCUAAAAAAAUGUUUAGAUUAGAAAUGCUAUGCUGUUGUGAAGCACAGCUAGAAUCAGAUAUUUGACAGAUCAUGUGACACUAAUAUUACCAUAUAUAGGCAUUGUUUAAGAACCAAAUUUGAACCUAUAGUGAGUCAUGUCCAUCCUGUGUCUGAGGCCAGCUGUACUAGAUUGUGGAAGCUGGAUUGUCCAGAGUACAAGUUAUAAAGAAGGUACUAUAGUGUGUGUUAAGUACCUCCUUGAUAAUGUCAUAAAUACUGCUUUAGUAUUAUCAAGUAGAGUUGCAACUGUGGCUUGAUGAGGCUUAAGACAGUAUUUAAAAUCCUUAGAUUACAUGGUUUUAAAAAGUAUUUUUAUACUUACCAUUUUCUCAAAACGCCAACCAUCCAAACACCUGAAAUGUGGCCAUUCUUCAGUCUGGAAUUUAAAAUCUUCCUGCUUUGCACUGUGCAUGAAUAAAACCAUGUAAUCUAUAAUAGAUCAUUCUGCUGUUAAAUGUGUACAAAGCUGUUGGGCCUAUGCCAUCAAAGAUCUCAUUGUUAUUUCAAUAACUUCUACACAUUAAACAUCACAAUGUAAUUACCCCGUUUCACUAAAGCAUCAAAAAUUAAGCAAAUCAAAAAGAAAAAUGUUAAUCAUCUCUAAGUGAUAAUCUAAAAACACAUUGUCCUAUAAAAUAAGUACAAACUUGCUAAGUUGUCAAUUGCAUGCUAAGCAUGUAAAUACUACAGAAGUUGAUGCUUGGUGAAAACGGUUGAUAUUCUUCUUGUAGUUUAGUGUGCUACUACUACUUUAUGGUUGUCUUUUAAACAGUCAACUUUCAGGCUUGUCCUGUUAUUUAAUUCUAACGCAUGAUGCAUCUUUUAUUAGCAUGGCCUAGGUCCUGCCGAUCCCCCAUUUUGCUUCUCAACCCAGUGUGGACAUUUAACAAAGAAAGUAACCAAUGAACAGUAUUGCUUAUUUUACUGUGAAAGAAUAUGCGAAGGUUACAAGGAGAAUGCCAGUGGGAUAUAUCACGUAGCUAGCAUUUUUAUUUUCACAUCAAUGUUCUUGUAUUUAAAAAUACAUGGCUACAAUAUGUCUUGUUUGGUAGACUUUCGAUUUCUAAAGAAUGCACUUAAGAACUAAUAUGCAGUAGAUCCACAUCCAACCUUUGUUACACAUUAACUCCUGUGGGAAGCAAUGUGGGGAUAAGUUCUUGGAACAAACUUAUCAAAAGUAUACUAACGGGACUUAGGCCUAGCUUGGUAUUUAAUGCUUUUCUGACCUAUAAAUCUUCGCCUUAGUUGAUUUCAAGAUGUUGAAUUCUGCAGCCUCGUAUCAUUCAUCGGUCCUUCUCAUAACAUUGUUAAUAAUUAAUCCUCAGUGCAAGAACUACAAGGCAAUAAGAAUGUAAAAUAUUCUUGAUUUUCUCUUCUGGUCAUUCAUUCAUUAAUGAAUGUUUUCUCUACUGACUGUUCAUUAAAUCUUAAGUAUUUGUAUGUGGUCUUCUUUAUCAUUAUGAGAGCAAGUGAACAUUAUUUAAGUAAUGUUUGAGGAGUACAAAAGAUAUACUUUCACAAUUACUAAACAUUUAAACUUAAACUGUAUAGUGCAGUGAUUCCCGGUCAAAAAUAUUUCCAUGCAAAAACAUUGGGUACUGAGUUAUGACUAGAUAAUUUGCUUAAUACACUAGAUGUAUAUGAUCUUUAAGCAAACAUAUCCCAGGUUAUUGUACUGCAUUUAUUAUAAAGCACAGGACUGUGUUCCCAUACUCUAGUGGUCACUAAGUUAUUGUAUUGUCUGUUAAGGCAAUUAAAUACUUAAUCUCUUUUGUAUGGUUGCCAACUUUAAGUCUGUGAACAUCAUAGUACAAUCCUAGGUGAUAUAUCAAAUGUCCCUAUUAAGUGUAUUUGCUCCUCAAUAAACAAUUUUUUAAUAAAAAACUUGUCCAAAAUGUCAUAAACAUAUCAUCCUCUAUGUAAACAUCUUUCUGUUGAAUGACGAGCAGUUCUGAAUAAAACUUCAACCCAAGAUUA